ACCAUCUCAUUAAUUUCGAAAAAUUCAGAAUCCACCAAAAACUAGGUUCACAACAAACCAAGAGAAGCACACGUGUAAAGUUUGGCACAGACCAAAACCUCAUCACCGUCACAGGUGUCACGACCACCGUGAUCCCUCCAUUAAACCACCCCCUCUCGCUUUCACCACGUGCCCAUCUCCUCUUUUAAGUAAUUCUUCCUCAAAUCUCCAAAUCACCACUUUUAAUUUUCAAUCAAAGGAAAAAAAAUAUGGUACGGCCUCAGGCGAAGAAGGAGCGGAGCGGCGGCGGGCGCUACAAGGGCGUCCGCAUGCGCAAGUGGGGGAAGUGGGUCGCGGAGGUUCGCCAGCCGAACAGCCGCGACCGCAUAUGGCUCGGCUCCUACGCCACCGCCGAGGAGGCAGCCAGGGCCUACGACGCCGCCGCCUUCUGCCUCCGCGGCCCCUCCGCCGCCCUCAACUUCCCCCACGACCCGCCGGAUAUUCUGGCGGCGGAGGAGCUCUCGCCGUCGCAGAUUCAGGUGGCGGCGUCGAGGCAUGCGCGGAGGCCGGCCUCCGCGGAGAUGGAGGCGAAUGAGCCGGUGGUGGAGAAUCUAUUCUUCGGAGAGGCCGCGGAGUUGGGAGGUGGUUCGGGUUUUGGGGAGGGAUUCUUGGCGGCGGAGGGGGAGAGAGGCGGCGGCGGCGGUGGAGGUGGGAGUGUGUUUUUUGACACGGCGAGGAUGUGGAGUUUUUAGUAGCUUUAAUUUGAUUUUUAGGAUAGAUUUUUGGUGUAGAGUUUUUGUUGAGAAAAGUGUCACACGGCCAGCUUUGGCUUGCUUAGUCUAUGUUCAAACUUAUCUUUUUUUUUUUUUUAAAUAUUAUUUGAUGAAAAUGAAAGUUAGAUCUGAAAUGA